AUGGACAGAAGUGGGCCAAAGGUUCUGGAAACAGCAGAAGAGAUCCAGCAGAGGCGUCAGGAGGUGUUGACUCGCUACCAGAAGUUCAAGGAGCUGGUUGCUGAGAGGGGUCAGAAGCUUGAAGAGUCCUAUUACUACCAGGUUUUCAAACGAGAUGCAGAUGACCUGGGCAAGUGGAUGGAGGAGAAAAUCAAGAUUGCAGGAGAUAAGACCUAUGAAGACCCAACUGACAUACAGGCAAAAUAUCAGAAGCAUCGAUCCUUUGAGGCAGAGGUGCAAGCAAAAUCAGGGGCCAUUCCCGAACUGGAGGAAAUCAGGAAAAUCCGAUUUGCUGAGGAGCAUUUUGAGGACACCAAGACCCACGUGGAGGAGCUGCGCCACCUGUGGGACCUGCUGAUCGAGCUGACCCAGGAGAAGGGCAGCCUGCUCCUGCAGGUCCUGAGGUUCCAGGAGUACUUGUGGGACUGUGAAGACAUCUUGGAGUGGCUUCAAGACAAGGAGGCUCUGGUGGCAUCGGAGGACCUGGGUGAGGACUGGGAGCGCACAGAGUUUCUAUAUAAGAAGUUUGAAGAAUUCCAGCAGGAACUGACUGCUCGAAAGGAGAAAGUGGAUGGAGUGAACAAAUAUGCCGAUGCGUGUGAGGAUAACCACCCUCAGUUGCCCUUGAUUAAGAAAAAGCAGGACGAGGUAAAUGCAGCCUGGGCUGCUUUCUACAACCGGGCUUCCCAGCGAUGGGAAACACUGUCCAAGGACGCAGACCUCCAGCGAUUCAGAAGGAAUGUGACAGACGCUGUCCAGUGGAUCACAGAGACAGAGCCUCAACUCACCUCUGAGGACUAUGGCAAGGACCUUGUUAGCGCCGAGGCACUACUGCACAAUCACAGGGAACUCAUGAAGACCAUUCAAGUCAUGGAUGACAGGGUGAAGGGCUUAGGCGUGGAAGCAGACCAGCUGAAGCUUUCCAGGCCUUCCGAUGCCCCUGAGAUCCAAACGAUGGAAGAGAAUCUGCACUCCAAGUGGGAGCACAUAUAUGCCUUGGCUACCGGCAGAAACAAAAAGCUAGAGGAUUCUUAUGGCUACCAGCUGUUCUUAUCUGACUAUGAUGAGCUCUCAGGCUGGAUGAGCGAGAAGACCGCUCUGAUCAGCGCUGACGAGCUGCCCACAGAUGUGGCUGGUGGGGAAGCCCUCCUCGACAGACAUCAGCAGCAUAAGAAUGAGAUCGACUCUUAUGAUGACCGAUUCCAAACUGCUGAUCAUAUUGGUCAAAGGCUGCUGGCUGCCAGUCAUGAAGCCUCUGAUGAAGUUCAGGAAAAGAUGACAACACUCGCCAACAAUCGGGCUGCCCUGCUGGAGCUGUGGGACACGCGCCAGCGACAGUAUGAGCAGUGCUUGGACUUGCACCUCUUCUACCGUGACAGCGAGCAAGUGAACAGUUGGAUGACUAGACAAGAGGCCUUCCUGCAAAAUGAGGACCUAGGAAACUCCUCAGCCAGUGCAAAAGCCCUUCUUCAGAAGCAUGAGGAAUUUGAGGAAGCCUUUACUACCCAGGAGGAGAAGAUCACAACCUUAGACAAGACUGCUACCAAACUGAUUGACGAUAAACAUUACGAUUCAGAGAAGAUCGCUGCUAUCAGGGAGGAGCUGUUGACACGGCGGGAUGCCCUACGUGAAAGCGCUGCCACUCGACACAAAUCGCUGGAGCAGUCAUUGCUUUUGCAGCAGUUUUUUGAGUACUCAGAUGACCUAAAGAACUGGAUCAGCAAGAAGAAAAAACUGGCAGAUGAUGAAGAUUACAAGGAUAUACAGAACUUGAAAAGCCAGGUUGAAAAGCAGCAAGGCUUUGAAAAGGAAUUGGAAGAGAAUAAAAUCCUGCUCCAUGAACUUGAAAAAAUGGGCCAGGGGAUGAUCAAGCAUGACCACUACGCCUCAGACAAAGUGGCCGCUCGUUUGAAUGAGAUCACCGGCCUCUGGAAGGAGUUGAUGGAGGCUGCAGAGAAGAAAGGGUCUGAGUUACAAGAAGCUAACAAGAAGCUGCAAUUUGAACAUAAUGCAGAAGACCUGAAAUGCUGGCUGGAGGAGGCAGAGAGGCAGGUGGCCUCAGAGGAUUAUGGGAAAGGCCUAGCAGAUGUACAGAAUCUACUCAAGAAACACAACCUCCUGGAGUCGGCUGUGGCUUCCCGUCAGGAUCAGGUGGACAUGCUCACAGACCUGGCAGCACACUUUGAAGAGAUAGGCCUUCCCGAUGCUGGGGACAUACGGUUGAGACAGCAGUCACUGGUGUCCCAGUUUGAAGCCCUGAAAGAACCACUGACCACCCGGAAGAAGAUGCUCAUUGACUACCUUCUCCUGUACCAGAUCUGCAGAAACACAGAGGAUGAGGAGGCCUGGAUCCAAGAGACCGAGCCUUCCGUAGCCUCCACCUACCUUGGCAAGGACCUGAUUACCUCCAAGAAUCUCCUGAACAGACACGAAGUCAUCCAGACUGACAUUGCCAGCCAUGAGUCAUACAUUCAAACAAUCACAGACAAGGGAAACCGAAUGGUAGAGGACGGACACUUUGCUGCAGAAGAUGUGGCCUCCAGACUCAAGAAUUUGAAUGAGAAUAUGGAGUCUCUCCAGGCUCGAGCUGCCAGGCGGCAGGAUGACCUGGAGGCCAAAGUCCAGCUCCAGCAGUACCUGGCUGACCUGCAUGAAGCCGAAGCGUGGAUCAGAGAGAAGGAACCUAGUGUAGACAACACUAACUAUGGGGCAGAUGAAGAAGCAGCUGGGGCUCUUCUUAAGAAGCAUGAGGCCUUCUUAGUGGAUCUCAAUGCAUUUGGAAACAGUAUGCAAGCUUUACGGGACCAGGCAAAAUCCUGCCAGCAACAACAGGCUGCACCAGUGGAGGGAGCUACUCCGGAAGUGAGGGUCGUGGCUUUGUAUGACUUCCAGGCCCGCAGCCCCCGAGAGGUCACCAUGAAGAGGGGCGACGUCCUAAUUCUGCUCAGUUCCAUCAACAAGGACUGGUGGAAGGUGGAAGCUGGUGAUCAGCAGGGCUUUGUGCCAGCUGUCUAUGUCAAGAAACUGGCUCCUGAUAUGUUUCCUACCCUCCCGAAGAGGCAGCGAGAAGAACCAGUCAACAUCACCCAGUGCCAGGAACAGAUUGAGAACCGGUACAACUGCCUCCUCGAUAAGGCAGAAGAACGCAGACGGCAUCUACUGCAACGCUACAAUGAGUUUUUGCUGGCCUACGAGGCAGGAGACAUGCUGGACUGGAUCCGAGAGAAAAAGGCCGAAAACACCGGCAUGAGACUAGAUGAUGUUUGGGAGCUGCAGAAAAAGUUUGAUGAGUUUGAAAGGGAUUUGAAGGCCAACGAGCCUCGGCUGAGGGAUAUCAACAAGGUAGCCGAUGAUCUUCUGUUUGAAAAGCUUCUGACACCAGAAGGAGCUCAAAAGCGGCAGAAGUUGAAUGCCCGCUGGUCCUCCCUGAAGAAGCUUGCAGAGGAACAGCGCCAGCUGCUGAGCAGUGCCCAUGCGGUCGAGAUAUUUCACAGAGAUGCAGAUGACACCAAGCAGCAGAUUGAAAAGAAGGGCCAGGCCCUCAGCACCGCUGCUCCUGGCUCAGACCUGCUCAGUGUUCAGGCCCUUCAGCGACAGCAUAAGGGCUUUGUGAGAGACCUCGCUCCCCUGGGGGAAAAGGUGACCACACUGGUGGAGACAGCAGAGCGGCUCAGUGAGUCCCACCCAGAUGCCAGGGACGACCUGCAGAGGCAGCAGACGGAGCUGAAGGAGGCCUGGGAUGACCUCAUGGAGCAGACGGAGCAUCGUAAGCAGAGCCUGAACAAGGCCCAGAAGUACUACCAGUUCUUCAGCAAGGCCGGAGACCUAGAGAAUUGGAUCAGUGAGACUGGUGGCAAGGUGUCAUCCCAGGAGCCAGCUAAGGAUUUAAUUGACACAGAGAUGUCGAUAGAGCGACACAAGGAACAUCAUAUCGACAUGGAAGCUAAGGCUCCUGCCUUCCAGGACUUAGAAGAUUUCGGUGCAGAACUUAUAGGCACUGAGCACCCUGCCAGCCCUGAAAUUGAAGAAAAGCUUCAAGCUGUCAGACUGGAAAGAGAUGAUUUGGAGAAAGCUUGGGAAAAACGCAAGAAGAUGCUGGAUCAGUGUCUGCAGUGGCAGUUGUUCCAAGGGGACUGCGAUCAGGCUGAGAGCUGGAUGGCGGCGCAUGAGAACUUACUGAGGUCAGAUGAGCAGGGCUCCUUAGACAGCCUGGACGCCUCGGCGAAGAAACGUGAUGAUCUGGACGAAGCAAUCACUGCCCAGGAUCAGAAGAUCACUGAACUACAAGACCGUGCUGAGAAGUUCAGAGCUGAUGACCACUAUGCCGAGAAAGAGAUCUCUGCUCGGCUCCAACUGGUGCUAGACAGAUGGGGGGCCCUCAAGCCACAGCUGAUUGCUGAGCGGACCAGACAUGCGGACUAUGUUGACCUACAACAAUUGUGCCGUGACCUUGAGGACCUGGAAGAAUGGAUCAGUAGGAUGAUGCCCAUAGCCUGUGAGGAAUCUUACAAAGACCCCACCAAUAUUCAGAGAAAAUACCUGAAGCACCAGAGCUUCGAAGAAGAGGUCAAAGGCAGAGCUGAGCAAGUGGAUGGAGUCAUCAACUUAGGGAAGUCUCUGAUUGAGCGGAAUGCAUGUGGAGGCAGGGAAAACUGCCUGAAGGAGGACCUGGAAGAGCUUAGGAAACACUGGAAUGACUUGCUUGAGAAGACAACUGACAAAGGUCAGAAGCUUGAGGAGGCCAGUCGCCAGCAGAGGUUCAACACAACCACCCAGGACUUUAAGUUCUGGCUGUCAGAGGCAGAGACAUUGCUGGCCAUGCAAGAUCAGGCCAGGGACUUGGCUUCAGCAGAAAACUUGAUCAAGAAGCAUGAGAUAUUGGAAAAAGAGAUGUUGGCCCGAGAGAACGCACUCAAGGACCUGAAUGACUUGGCUAACGAUCUGCUCUCCAGCGAGCCCUUCAAUGCUGACCAAAUCGUGGAGAAAAGGGAUGAGGUCAACCAGCGCUUCCUGAAUGUCCAGAAGUUAGCAGCUGCACAUUAUGAGAAACUGAAAAUGGCCUUUGACCUGUUCCAGUUCUUCGAGGACCUAGAUAAUGAGGAAUCCUGGAUAAAGGAGAAGUUGGUACGAGCAGGCUCCCAGGACUUCGGGAGAGAUCUGCCAGGGGUUCAGAACUUACUGAAGAAACACAGACGCCUAGAGGAGGACCUGACGGCACACAAAUCCACCAUCCAGGAUGUGCUGCAGAGGGCAGAGAACCUGGGCAACAAGGAUGCUGUGCAGAAAGAGGAGAUGGAGGAGCGGCUGGCUCAGUUUGUUGAUCACUGGGAGAAGCUCAAAGAGUUGGCCGAGGUUCGGGGGCAUCAGCUGGAGGAGUCCCUGGAAUACUUGACAUUCAUGCAGAACGCCGAGGAGGAGGAGGCGUGGAUAACUGAGAAGGAAGCUGUGGUCUCCCGAGGGGACUCCGGAGACACAUUGGCUGCCACGCAGAACUUGCUGAAGAAGUAUGAAGCACUGGACGAGGACUUUGCAGUCCACAGGACCCGAGUGCAAAACUUGUGUGCUGAAGGAGGAGACAUCCUGAGCAAGGUGAGUGACUUCAAGGAAUCUGGUCACCGGAAGGAGAUUUCUGCCAAGAUAGAUGCUCUGAAUGAAAAGAUCCCUUCUCUGGCCCAGGCAAUAGCUGCUUGGAAGUUGCAAUUGGAUAAUGACCAUGCAUUUCAGCAGUUCAACUGGAAGGCUGAUGUGGUGGAGGCCUGGACAGCUGAGAAGGAGGCAAGCCUGAAGAUCAAUGGCAACGGCUCAGACCUUGCUGCCUUCCUCAAUCUCCUAGCAAAGCAGGACACGCUGGAGGCCAGUCUAGAGAGCUUCCAGCAGGAGAGGCUGUCAGAGAUAACCGACCUAAAGGACCAGCUGGUGGCCGCUCAGCACCGCCACACCGAAGCCAUCGAGGAGCGCCAUGCUGCCCUGCUGAAGCGCUUCGGGCAGCUGCGGGAAGCCUCCAAAGCUCACAGAAAUACAUUGCUGGAGAAGCAGGAGCCCCUGCUGAAGGCCGAGGACCUAUUCAUGGAAUUUGCACGCAAGGCUUCAGCUUUCAACAACUGGUGUGAGAACGCCCAGGAGGACCUGUCAGAGCCUGUGCGCUGUGUCUCCCUGGACGGGAUCCGGCAGCUGCAGAAGGACCACGAGGCUUUCUUGGCCUCCUUGGCAGGGGCCCAAUCUAACUUCAACCAUUUGCUGGAACUGGACCAGCAGAUUAAGGCCUUGAAUGUGCCCUCCAGCCCUUAUACCUGGUUAACAGUGGAAGUGCUAGAAAGGAUCUGGAAGCACCUGCAUGACAUCAUCAAGGAACGGGAGCAGGAGCUGCAAAAGGAAGAGGAAAGACAGGUCAAGAACUUUGACAUGCUCCAGGAGUUUGAACAGAAUGCCAGUGACUUCCUUAAAUGGAUCCUGGAGACCAGGGCUUAUUUUCUGGAUGGAUCUUUGCUCAAAGAAACAGGAUCUCUGGAGUCCCAAUUGGAAGCAAAUAAAAGGAAGCAGAAGGAGAUCCAGGCAAUGAAGCGUCAGCUGACCAAGAUUGAGGACCUGGGAGACAGCUUAGAAGAGGCUCUGAUCCUAGACAUCAAGUACAGCACCAUCGGGCUGGCCCAGCAGUGGGACCAGCUCUACCAGCUCGGGAUGCGAAUGCAGCACAACCUGGAGCAGCAGAUCCAAGCCAGAGACACCAUAGGUGUGAGCGAGGAGACCCUAAAGGAGUUCAGUAGAACAUAUACACAUUUUGAUAAGAAUUUGAUAGGGCGCUUGAGUCACAAAGACUUCCGGUCCUGCCUGAGAGGACUCAAUUACUACUUGCCCAUGGUGGAGGAAGAUGAACGUGAGCCCAAGUUUGAGCAGUUCCUGGACGUUGUUGACCCAGCAAGGAAGGGCUAUGUUUCACAGGAGGACUAUACCUCAUUCCUGAUCGACAAGGAGUCAGAGAACAUCAGGUCCACUGAUGAAAUAGAGGCUGCUUUCCAAGCCCUGGCAGAAGGCAAGGCCUACAUUACCAAAGAGGACAUGAAGCAGGCCCUAACCCCAGAACAAGUGGCAUUCUGUGCCUCACAUAUGCAGCAGUAUGUGGACCCACAGGGCCGAAGCCACCCAGCUGGCUACGACUAUGUUGGCUUCAUCAAUUCUGAGUUUGGCAACUGA